AAUAAUAUUUUAAAUAAAUUUCAUUAACAACAAAUUGUGAAAAACAAACAUUAUUUGGAUUACAAAGUGAACAACAACAUCAAUUUAUUGCCAUUCGAUUGGAUUUUUAACAACAACAAAAAACAUAAACCAUGACCGUUACUGCCUUUGCCGCCGCCAUGCACCGACCAUUCUUUAACGGAUAUCCAUCUAUGCAAGACAUGAAUGCCGGCCAAGGUCGCGUAAAUCAGCUGGGCGGUGUUUUCAUCAACGGCCGUCCCUUGCCAAACAGCAUUCGUCUAAAGAUUGUCGAAAUGGCUGCUGAGGGCAUCCGUCCCUGUGUCAUUUCGCGACAGCUCCGCGUCUCCCACGGCUGCGUUUCAAAGAUCUUGAAUCGUUACCAAGAGACUGGAUCCAUUCGUCCCGGUGUCAUUGGAGGCUCCAAGCCACGCAUUACCACUCCCGAAAUUGAAAAUCGCAUUGAAGAAUACAAACGUGCCAACCCUGGCAUCUUCUCGUGGGAAAUUCGCGAUAAACUUAUUCGUGAUGGCAUUUGCGAUCGCACCACUGCUCCAUCGGUCUCGGCCAUAUCGCGCUUGGUUCGUGGCCGUGAUGCUGCCCCCGAACACUCCGAUGAUCAACAACAUCAAAAGAGUUCAUCCGGUUCCGAUGCUGCCACCAAUUCCCAUGAAGACCUCUCGGAUUGUGAAAGUGAACCUGGUAUUGCCCUGAAACGCAAACAACGUCGCAGCCGCACCACAUUUUCCGCCAUGCAACUGGAAGAGUUGGAGAAGGCCUUUGAACGCACCCAAUACCCUGACAUCUAUACCCGUGAGGAAUUGGCUCAACGCACCAACCUGUCGGAAGCUCGCAUCCAAGUUUGGUUCAGCAACCGUCGUGCCCGUUUGCGCAAGCAAAACACCUCGGGUGGUAACAGCGGUGUUGCCGGCGGUCAAGUCCCUCUAAUGGCUGGCAUGGGUUCCUCAUACCCCACCAUGUCUCAUCAUGUUCCAUAUGCUGCCAUGAUGCCCUCUGAAGCUUCGGUGGCUGCUGCUGCCUAUCAACAACAAAUGUACGAUUUCUAUGCUGGCCACCCCUCGACAGCUGCUGUCGCCGCUGCCGCCGCCGCACCAGUCGUCAACACCAAUGCUUCGGCUGCCUUGACUCCACCCCAUCAUCAGCUAUACAACAAUGGCGCCCAAUAUGCUACCGCCUCCGCUACCACUGCCAGUACCAACAUGAACAUGAAUGCCACUUCCACCGCCACCUAUGUUCCAACACAACAUGCCAGCUAUGCUGCAGAAAAUGAAACCACCGCUCCAAUUGUUCCACGCAAUGACAGUCCCAGUGAAUCGAUUAACUCAGCCUAUGGUUCCUCCAACAUUCAAUUGCCACCCACUCCCAAUAGCCUUUCUGCUGUUAUGGGUGCUGGUCCUCAUUCCGUCAAUGGCAAUAGCCAUGAAGAUUUGCAAGCUGCCUUGAAAUCGGAAACUUCCAACAAUGUUGUUCAACAACAUCAUUACAACAGCUGGCAGCAAACCCAAAAUACCUCAGCCACAGCUGUUAGACCCUCGGCUCCAUUAUCCCCUGAGGAUUCCCUGAAUUCUUCAGGACUCGAAUCGAAUGUUCAGACCAAUGCCACAACAACCAAUUCGGCUCAUCACAUGUAUCCUCAUUCGGCCGCCGCCGCUGCUGCUGCCUCUCAAUACUCUUCCUACUCUCAUCACAAUGCUCAUCACUCGCAAUACGCUCACCAAUAUUCCAGCCAACAAUUGCCUUUCGCUCCUCAUGCCAGCACAACAGCCGCCGCUGGAGCCACUGCUUCUGGCCACUUCAUGCAACAAAACUUCCCCAGCUUCAGUUCACCAUCGAAAAUGAACUAUGCCGGUGUUCCUCAACAUUUCUACCCCACCUGGUAUUGAAAAGUGUUUCCAGUUCAGUACACCAUUAAGUGCGAGCUGGGCUUACACUUUUCACUUGGCGAUACCAAAGAUUUGGCGGAUGUUUGUUAAUCUAUUUUUUGUACAAAUUUUAUACAUUUUUUCGAUUUUUUAUUUUGUUUUAUGAGGCUUUUAUUAAUAGUUUUUUUUUAUUGUAAAUAUUUAGAAAUUGUAUAUUUAGUUGUAGUUAAAUAUUUUUUUUUAGGUUUUAAGAUUAAUUUUAAGUUUUAUUUUUAUUCUCAAAAUAUAUAAUUCAUUUGAAAAAUUAAA